AUGGAUGCCGCUCUGCUCCGCAGAUGGACGGGUGCCACGGUGGCAGGCCGAUGGCCCAUAGGCGCUGGGCUCGAGCACACCGCUCUGCUCACCAGCGAGGGCAAGGUCGUGGCCUUCGGCGACGAUGGCGGGGGCCAGUUUGAGGUGCCGGAGCUGCCCUCUGGCUUGACGUGCACGCAGGUGGCCGCUGGAGGUAGCCAGCAGGUGGCCGCUGGAGGCAGCCACACGGUUCUGCUUCUGAGCGACGGCUCGGUCGUGGCUUUCGGCCGCAAUGGCCACGGCCAGUGCGACGUCCCGGAGUUGGCCGCGGGCCUGACGUGCACGCAGGUUUCCGCUGGAAGUAACCACACGGUUCUCCUCACGAGCGAGGGCACGGUCGUGGCUUUUGGACGCAAGAGCUACGGCCAGUGCGACGUCCCAGAGCUGGCCGCGGGUCUGACGUGCACGCAGGUGGCCGCUGGAGGUAGCCACCACACGGUUCUGCUAUUGAGCGACGGCACGGUUGUUGCCUUCGGGCUCGAUGUCCACGGCCAGUUGGACGUCCCGGAGUUAGCCGCGGGCCUGACGUUCACGCAGGUGGCCGCAGGAGAUGGCCACACAGUUCUUCUCACGAGCGAGGGCACGGUUGCGGCAUUCGGCCUUAAUGUCCACGGCCAGUGCGACGUUCCGGAGCUGGCUGUGGGCCCGACGUGCACGCAGGUGGCCGCUGGAGGCGGGCACACGGUUCUGUUGUUGAGCGACGGCACGGUCGUUGCUUUCGGCCGCAAUAAUUACGGCCAGUGUGACGUCCCAGAAUUGGCCGCGGGUCUGACGUUCAUGCAGGUGGCCGCUGGAGGUAGCCACACGGUUCUGCUUCUGAGCGACGGCUCGGUCGUGGUUUUCGGCCGCAACAACGUGGGCCAGUGCGACGUUCCGGAGUUGGCCGCAGACGUGACCUACACCGCGCAUUUGACGCCAUCACUGCUCCUGGAGGCGUCGCUCGAGGGCGGUUCGCUACGAUUCGUGACCCUCGGCGGAGUGGAGCGCUGUCGCAUCGCGGCGGGGCCCGCCGCUUGCCUCGCCGACGUCUACGAACAGCUGGCGGCCCACCUUCGCGCAGGCGGGUUUGGCUACGGAGUCGCGCUCGUCGAUGCCGUCCUGCCGGGGGGGCGUCUGCUCAGCGGUGCUGCGGCGGGGGACACCGUUGCGAGCGCGUUCGGAGCCCAACCGACAUCUACGACGUGA